AUGCACUCGCAUUCAAGGCAAGCUUCGCUAUCUUCGACCAUGUCGAUCACCAAUAACCAUCCCCAGAAAAUCGGACCUUGGCGUUUGGGUAAAACAUUGGGUAGCGGGUCAACUGGCCGUGUGCUUUUGGCAACAAACGUCAAUACCGGUCAAAAGGCUGCUGUGAAGGUGGUUUCGAAAUCUGCAUUAAUGGAAGAAGAAGGUGCUUCCCCCAACCCUCAAAGUGCUAAUGGGUUACCGUAUGGUAUCGAAAGAGAAAUCAUCAUUAUGAAGUUACUUAACCACCCUAAUGUUUUACGUUUAUAUGAUGUAUGGGAAACCUCCAAGGCUCUUUACUUGGUAUUAGAGUUUGUUGAAGGUGGUGAAUUGUUUGACUUAUUGGUCGAAAGAGGUCCUCUUCAAGAACAGGAAGCAAUCAAAUACUUUAGACAAAUUGUGCUUGGAACAGCUUAUUGUCAUGCCUUAGGUAUAUGUCAUAGAGAUUUAAAACCAGAGAAUUUACUCUUGGAUGCAAGCUUAAACGUUAAAUUGGCUGAUUUCGGAAUGGCCGCUCUUGAAUCUAAUGGUAAGCUUUUAGAAACUUCUUGUGGGUCUCCCCAUUAUGCUGCUCCAGAAAUUGUAUCUGGAUUGAAAUAUCAUGGUGCUGCCUCAGAUGUAUGGUCUUGUGGUGUAAUUUUGUUUGCCUUGCUUACUGGAAGAUUACCAUUUGAUGAUGAAAAUAUUAGAAAUUUAUUACUUAAGGUUCAAGCAGGCUCUUUUGAAAUGCCUACUGAAAUUUCAAAAGAUGCUCAAGAUUUGAUCUUUCAAAUGUUGGCUGUGGAUCCAUUAACAAGAAUCACCACCAACGAUAUUUUACAACAUCCUCUUUUGUUGAAGUACCCCAUUCCUAAUGAAGAUUUGAUUUCAGUGAAAUCUUUGCCUCAUCCUGAAACUGCCUCAAAAUCAUUGGGUUCCAUAAAGAAUAUUGACAAACAGAUCUUGGGCAAUUUAUCAAUUUUAUGGAAUGAUAGACCUCAAAAGGAAAUUGUGGAUUGUCUUUUGAAACCAGGAACAAAUGCAGAAAAGACUUUCUAUGCCUUGUUGUUACGUUAUUCUCAUAAUCAAGAAGCGUUGGACGAUGCAGCUGCUGCAGCUGCUCAACAUAACAUCAAGAAUGGACCUAGUAGAUCAAGUAGCUUUCACACAAGUCCAAGUAAAUCAGCCAAAAAGAAAGCUCCUAAAACUAUUCCUGUUUCAAGACCUACCUCGUUCCAAUAUUCUGCCAGCAAAGCAAGUAGUGGGAAUGUUAAGUACAACAGAAUGUCUGCUAACAUAAGCAGUAGUACAUCCUUUAGUACUAACUCUUCACCUACAAAGAGACCAUCAAGAGUUGCUUCAAAGAGAAACUCCCAAAUUCGGACUAAUAAUCUGUAUUCUCCAUACAGAUCUCCUCAUAGAUCUCCAAGAAGAUCACCUUUCAAAUCACCAAAUGGGAGAAGAAGCUUUAUUCCCGAAGACAUCAAUAAUCCAAUUCCCAGAAACCUUUAUAAUGAGAUAGUUCAGGCUCAAAGGAACAACCAAGCUGCUUCAACAAGCCAAACACAGAAACCUCAACAGAAUGGCAAUAUGGUUGGUAUGAAUAGUGCAGCUCUCAUGGGUGCGGCCAUAAGUAAUCAUCAGGCCCAAACUAUGCAACCUCAAAGUCAAAGCCAAAAUCACAACCACUCAUACUUGCAGCUGAUAGAACAACCCUUCAACUCUUUGGAUGAUCAAAUACCAUUAAUGGAGGGAGCUUCGAUUACCACUAGUGUAAGUGGUAAGAGAAAUUCUGUUAUUAGAAAGUCAAUGUCACGUAUGUCACGUAAGUCAUUGAGAAAUAGCGUGGUUGGUUUGAAGCGUAAUUCAAUUACGAUGAAGGUUUUAGCUACAUAUGCUAAAUUCCUGGGAGAAACCGAUUGGGAAUACAUGGACAAACAAACUAAGAGAACUUCUGCUACAUUUGCAACCUUAUGUGAUAAGAUUUUCAACCAAGAGGAAUAUAAUAGAGAAGAUGAACAGUUGAUGGACGAAGAUGAAAAAGAAGCUCGUGAGUAUGAGAAGUUAAUGGAAAUUGAACGGAAGAAGCAUGAAGCUGAGUUGAAGGCCAGAAGAGAAUUAAAGAAGCUUAAGACCAGACAAAAGCGAAAGUCAUUGUUAAGUUCCCGUAAAUUAUCUAUCAUGGUGAAGGAAUCUCAAAAUAGUGAUAUUGAAGAAGAGAAUGAAGAUGUAUCAAACGACAAUAUCACCACUACUAUUGAACAACCAAAACGAUUGAGCUUGGCUAAGCAAAAUGAUAGAGCCCUUUCUACUGGUGUUGUUGAAGAACCUAAUGGUGAUAGUCUUACGAGAGAUGAAAUCGAAGGGUUCAAGCGAAGAUCUGUUACGGCACCCAAUCCUCAAAGAAGAUCUACGCCAACUUUAACUCGAAGACCAGUUUCAAGAUUAGAUCCCUUAUGGACUGCUUUUGAAAAUGAAAAGAUUGAAAAAGAACGAUUGGAAAAGGCUGAAAAGGAGAAACUUGAAGUCAGAAGAAGACGUCAAGAAGCACAACGUGAGUCUCAAUUACAAAAGUCUAAGAAGAACAGGGAAUCCAUGAUUUCAGUUAUGGUUGAAGAUGAUAUGCUUAAUGAAGCUCGUGCAGCUGCCUUAGGAAUUGAUUCUGAUGAUGAAGAUCGAAUCUCUCGUGAUAGUUACUACAAUGGGAAAUAUGAAUUGCCAGAACCAAAAGUUGAAAACUUGAAUUUAAGUGAAGAGUAUAUGUCUGAAAUCAGAAAAUCUCGAUUGUUGAACUCCAAAUUGAAUUUAAGCUCUGAGCUUGAACGUGAUGGAACUACGAAAAGAGUUUCAGCAUCUUCAAGACGUAGAAAGUCAUCUCAAGUUGAUAACAACAUUCCAGUACCUAGAAGAAAUCCUCCAUCGAAACCAAAAGAAGAUCAAGGUCGCAACACACUCAUUAGUGGUGUUGAAAUUCCAACGGUCACCAGAAAGUCAAAGUAUUUCACCAACUCUAACAAGAGAUUGUCUGUUCUUACUAUGUAUUCUACCAAAGAGUCAUUCCGUGAUUUGCAUUCAAUAAUCAACGAACAUACACCUGGAAGUGAUGAAGAAGGUGGCUAUGAUGACAGUAACAAGGUACCAAAUAAUUUGAGAACAAGUUACGCUGAUAGAUUAGACAAAUUUGCUCAUGAUGAAGGUGAUUACAAUGAUGAGGACGGCGAUGGUAUUGAAGAGAUCCUGUUGUUUGAUAACGAAGCUAGAUUCUCAACUUAUUCUCAAUAUGAUAAGAGAAGACUUUCAAGAAUGUCGGCCGCUUCUAAUUCCACCACACGUAAAUACUCCAGAAGACCAAUCUCCAAGUUACCUGAUCUUCCUUCUUCUGCAAAUAAGAGUCUAGCAGAGGAACCUGGUGAAGAUUUUGAUGCGGACGAUACCUUUGUUACCAUUGGUGAUAAGCCAACCAGACAACAAGGAAAGCACGAAACAGAUGUACAGGAAGAUGAAGCAUUCUAUGAGCUGAUUAAGUUGCCUGAUCAAAAUGGAACUAGAUUGAAAGAAAAUGGAAAAUCAUCAUCUAAACCAGAUAGAAUAAAGUCCAUGUUACCCACAGCCAAUUUAUUGUUGAUUCCAAAUGGUGAAACUAUUGAACAAGAACUUAAAUACGACAAGACAAGAACCAAGAAUGAUCCUAAGGUUAAAUCACCUUUACGUGAUACUACUAAUGUUGCCAAUUCUUCCACCACCAAUCAACAGCAACCAUCUAAACAAUACACCUACACAUCAUCUGAUGUUGAUGAUCAAGGGAAGAAGAGAAAGCAAUCGUUCUUUAGAAAGUUUUCCUGGGCCAGCAGAAAGACCAGUGAUGAAAACCACCAAGGCACUACUACAGCUGGAGGAUCAUCACGGGUUGUUUCUGAAGAAGACAGACCCAAGGGAUCUUCAUUUUUGAGAUGGUUCAGUGGCUCUCAUAAUGGAGCAUCACCUGAUGAAGUGAAGCGGUUCAAGACCAUAUUGCCUAAGGAUGAAAUGGGCACUGCUUUAUAUUCAUUAUUGAAGAGUUGGUCCAACUUUGGGUUAAAGGAUUUGAGACUUGAUAAGAUUGGAUACAACAUCACAGGGGCUAUUUCUAGUAAUAAUGCUUUUGAAUUGAAGAGUUGUAAGUUCCGGAUCAAGAUCAAUGCUCGUGAGAUGAACCAACGGUCGGAGAUUGUAUGUGCCAGAGUUAAAGGUUCAAAGAAGACUACUGAUACCUUGUUUGCUGAAAUUGAGAAGGUGCUACGGAAAGAAGGUGUUUUGGAUGGAAUGUGA